AUGCAUGUCCGUAUCAAUUUUCCUCGAGCUCUUCGUAUCUACGACCGAUACCGCCAUUGCUACAUAGACGAGGAUGGCGACGCUGGCGCGCCCAGGCUGGAUGGCCAAGAUAGGCGGCGCGGAGCCCCGGCUGAAGGCGGCCAAGGCAGCAGGCAAGGGCGCCAGCGUCGGCGCCGCCAGGCCGCAAGGAGCGGCCGCCAAGAAGCAGACGAUCGACGAGUUGGUGGUGGUGCUGGCCAAGCUGGUGCUCAGCGACGAGGCGGAGCUCAGAGUGCUCAUCGGCGCCGUCUACGACACCUGGCUGGCCCCGCUCACCUCGCACAUGGUAGAACUGAUGCUCGAGGAGAAGCAGGCCUUCAACGCCGAGGCCCAGGAAGCGCGCGAGAAGGAGAAGCAGGAAGACAAGAAUGGCAACAAAGACUACGUCAAACAGAAGAUGUCGGCCCCCUUCUUGCGCGUGUCCGCUGCGAUGAUUCAGGGCGCGGCGGAGAAGGAAGCGGAGGACAUGGAGUUGGCCGCAGCUCGAGUUCCCGCACUGAAGUACUUCGAGGGGGCGAUCUCGAAGCUCAAGGAGCCCGAGGAGAUGUCGGAUCUGAUCAGGUUCUGCAGGGCGAAGCGCCUGAAAGGCAAGAACAAGGGCGGCGAGGAGCUAGUGAAGAUGCAGUUCCUCAUCUCCCACGAGCACGACCUGGCGAAGCCGAUCACUACCACCAUCAGAACCGCGCUGGCCGCCCAGGGGGGUCACAAAACAAUUGGAGGCGCGCCGAGAGGAGUACUUGUACGCGAAGCGCAGAGGCUCUUGGACAGCGUCAAGUAGCGGCGCCUGCCUCGCAUGCUUCAGGUGGUUUCAGUUGGGCUGGCAGUGAGCGUGUGUUGGCACACCUUCGAGCUGGUCAUUUGAGUGAGGCCGCAGCAAGGCUUGUGCUCGGCCAGUCGGUCGCUGAAUCUGUGGUGAUUUCUCCCAACUUCAUUCCUCCUCCCCCUCCUGGUCUUGAGCCUCCUUCCUCUUCGACUCCCACCCCAGUCACUUUUCAGAAUGCCCCAGAAGUAGGGCCUGCUGUUGCGCUCCCGCGCCCCUCUAGCCGCCGCGGUGGGGGAGCGGGG